AUGCUAAACUUUUAUCGCCGAUUUAUCAAAGGAGCUGCUGAAAUUCAGGCACCAUUAAACUCUUUGCUGACGGGGUCCGUAAAAGGAUCACGUUCCGUGGAUAUAUCGGGAGAAGCCCUACAUGCUUUUGAGCAGUGCAAAACUAACCUCUGCCAAGCAGCAUUCUUGGCACAUCCAGAUCUAAACGCAAGAUUAGGUUUGGUAACCGACGCCUCAGAUAAGGCAAUCGGUGCCGCCUUGCAGCAAGUAAAGAAUGGAUCAUGGCAGCCACUUGCAUUCUUCUCUAAGAAACUGAAACCAGCCCAACAGAAAUACUCGCCAUACAACGGGGAGCUUCUUGCUAUAUACGAGUCAGUGAAAUACUUUAGACACAUGCUUGAAGCAAGACAUUUUACUGUUUUUACUGAUCACAAACCAAUCUGUUAUGCAUUUCACAUUAGAAAAGAUAAGUGCUCACCCCGCCAGUAUCGUCAUCUCGAUUUUAUAUCACAGUUCACCACCGACAUCCAACACAUCUCUGAAAAAAUAACAUAG